AUGAAUUAUAAUAAUAAUUCAUUUAUUUUAUUUCUUUCGUGUUUAUUUUCUUUUUGUUUGUGCGAAAUAACCGAAGUAAAAAAAUCCAAGUUAUUGUCCGACUUCAUUAAUUAUUACAACUUUCGACCUAAUGUAAAUCAUAAAGCCAGUGAUGGAUUUCUACAAAGUAUUAGUGAAAUAGAUGAUACUACAUUUCAAAUCGAAGUUAGUUUUAGGGCUCAACAUAAUGAUGUAUCUAAAAUGAUGCAAUGUCAAGCCCUGAUAGAAGACUUAGAUGAAAAAGGAAUCGCAAUUGUUAACAAUGAUAUAAAUUGUAUGGAGUUAGAACAACAAGCUGCUAGGGAAGCUGAUGCUAGUCUCGAAGUUGUUGAAGUUCAAGCAGAAAGGAGACCGGUGGUGUCUGAAAAUGAAGAUGAGGUUGAUACAGGGGCACAAGAAAUUCAAGAUCUUGCUCACAUGGGAGUCAGGCACCUAGAUAUUCAUGACCCAAGCGCGAAGCAUAGCCUAAACUCUGUAAUAGAUGUGAAAAGACAAGUUAAAGUCGUUAAUGGAGUCAGAUAUGUUUUAACUCUAUCUAUUAAUUUUAAUAAUUGUACCGAAAUAAUAAAUGACAUCUGUGCCUUUACUAAAACAUGCAGAAUCUCAAUUUUGGUUAAACCCUGGCAGAAAUUACCCAGUGGUUCUAAAUAUAGAGAGAUUCUAGCCAAUACCUGUACAGAAAAAUGGCAGUUUGGUGAUGACGGUGACGACUUAUCUGAGUCUACAGAUAGUAAUAGUCAUAGCAAAAUAGGCGAUGAAAUAGGCGAUAGGAAAUCUGACACAUUAUCACAACCCAUCAAGGAAAUAAACAAGGAAAAUGUCCUUAAAACUGAAUCCACUCCACAGUUUAGGGGUAAUUCUGUUCUUGGAAGUCACUCUACUAAAGCUAAAACGGGUAGUUUCAGGCAAGAUAAAAAAAAAUCUAUUGAUGAAAUGUUAGAUUUUUUAAAUAUUUCUGGUUAUAAACCUCAAGUAUAUUCUCAAACUGAAAAAAGUGAUAAAAGAUCAAAGAGAAGCUAUGAUUAUGACUUGCAAGUAUUGUCUUUGACACAAGAUUAUCGUGAUUUAAAAAAGAGUAUAGAAAAUGCUAAAUAUGUAUAUGAAAUGGCUCAAGUCAUGGUGGACUAUUUAAAUACAAUAGACAUUGAAGUUAAAAAUAGAGCUGUAAAAAAUGUCAUAAAGGCUGAAGAAGAAGAAGAUGAUGAGAAACAUUUUGUUUACAUUCAAGUGCAGGUCGUGAUGCCUUGUGAUACUCCAAACUGUGAGUCAAAAGAUACUCAUACUAAAAUUUGUAACGGAGUUGUAGAUAGUACAAACAAGGAAAAACCUCAAGUAUUGUACAGUUUUUGCUAUAAUGAUAAUAAAGAGAUGGCAGUAUUAGAUAAAUUUAAAGAAGUUGAAUCUGAUGAUCCAGUUUUACGGCGUCUUUCUAAAGAAGCAUUAAAAAAAAUUGAAUUUGAAUCUACAGAUCCGCAUGCUAUGAAAAUAAAGAAAAUUGCAUCUGCUAAAACUCGUUUAGCAUCAAGUAGAUUAACUAAAAUUUCAAUGAUUAUUGAGUAUAUAAAUUGUAACAAAAGUGUUCCUUUAGUUUUAAGAAAAAAUUGUUUAUCACUGGAACAUCUUGGAUCACGAAUCUGUGAAGUUUUAGUUCAUGAAAGACAGUGGUUAAAAGAAAAAACUAUUACGUAUACCUGCACUGAACGCCCCAUGGAUUUUAUUAUAACUAAAGACAAACAAUAUAAAAACAUUACGAUUGAUGAUCCAAUUAUAGCAGAAGUAAUUCAAGAUGCGCUACAAUACUUAGAAAUACAAUCUAGUAAAAAGUUCAAGCAAAAAAUUAUUAAAAUUAGCAAUAUAUCUACUCAAAUAGUGGCGGGAUUUCUAAUUAAAAUCGAAUUUAUUGUUGGUUACACGAAUUGUACCGACACUGAUAUGAAAGGUCCGUUAAAUAACUGUGUGCUGCUAAAAAACGAACGUCUUCGUCGAUGCAAAGCACAAGUUUGGGACAGGUCAUGGAUAGUUGAUGGCAGACAAAUGGAAGUGGAAUGUGAAGAUGAUCUAAAAGUGAAAGAAAUACUUCCAAAGACUAGACAUAAAAGGGAUGUAGCAUUUGAAAAAGAUGAAUAUCAAGAAACUUCGUACAAAGCAUUACCUGAAGAAUCUGACCAAAAAUACUUGCGGGAAACUUCAAAAAAAAUAAUCUUAGGAGUCACUCAAAAUAUAAAUAUCAAAGUUUCAUGUCACAUUGUGUAUAGAAAUUCUGAAGACCUUAAGAACACAACAUAUUUGCAAUGGGCUGAGGAAUCUUUACAAAAGUAUCUAUCUGAUACUCAAAAUAACCAAUCAUACAAAGUAGUCCAAAUAGAGGAGGCAUCUUCGCUUGGUUUUGGGACAAAUAUUAUCUUCGUGGCCAAUUCUACUAGUAAAGACAAUGGUUCGCUAAAUUGCGUUUCGUUCAUAUGGAAUACGUUCAGUGAAAAGAGAAUUAAUGUAAUUUGUGAAACUGCUGAUUCAGACUUAAGAAAAAAGUCGAGUCCUAAGGAUGAUCCUAAGUAUAAUAAAUACACAAAAUAUCAAUAUAAUGCACACAAUAAAGUAGAAGAUUUAACCGUCACUAAGCCUGAAUUUCAGUUAUUAGCUUCACAGUCUUUACGACAAUAUUCGAAGAAAGUUGGUAUUCUUUAUAAACUUUUUUCUGUGAAAAUGGUAACAAAGAGCGGUACUUCUGAAGUCGUCUACACAAUAUAUUUUACUGCUUUUCCGACCGAUUGUUUUUCUAACGUUUCAAAUAUGCGUGCACUUACUUGCAAUGUGAUAGCCAAUUCUACGGUUAAUUGUAAAGCUAAAAUUGUUGGUGAACCAAAUCAAAAAAGAAAGAUACAAGCAGAUUGUGUAAUGCCUGAAGAUUACUUAGAUCUUUUAGAUACAAUGGAAGAAAAUUCAGAUGAAACGCCAACUAAAAUUAAAAUACCUCGUAACAUACAGGAAUCGAACGCUCAUAAGUUUGCUGAGGAAGCGUUACAAGAAUAUUUGUCUUGUACAGAUACAAAAUACGUUUAUAGAAUAACUGGUCUUUACGGGUUUUAUGAACAUUUAGCCGACGAACAAAUUGAAUUUUCUAUUUCGCCAACUACAUGCUUAAGUAUAAAAUUUACAGAUACGAGAUCUACUGAUAACUGUCCUUUUAAACAACCCCGGCUUGUAUAUUAUUGUCAUGCAAAAAGAAAUUCACGCGCAGAGGGCAAGAAAAAAAUUAAAGUAAUAUGUAAAGAAAUGCAAACGCCUUUAAAACGGUCAAAGCGCCAAAUAAAUACUGAACUUAUUGAUGAUACAGAGAAUGAAGUGGAUGAAGAUACUAUGUAUUACUACGCAAAAGCGGCAGUAAGCAAAAUCAAUGAAAAGCCACAAAAUAAUAACAUGUUCAAGCUAGUUAGUAUUCAUGAUGUUAAAAGUACUGUGCAAAUGAAAGCUGUAGUGGUGAAAAUGUAUCUCGAAGUAGCCGAAACAUACUGUGUUAGAUUCCAACUUGGUGUUACAAUUGAAAAUUGUGAGGAAAUGGAAGGUCUGAAUCACAAGUUAUGUUUGGCUAGAAUAUAUCCUGCACCCGGUGAUGACCUAGUGAUAAGACAUGUAAACGUAGUUUGUGAUGAUGAUGAAAUAUCAUUUAAUGUUCUUACUGGGAUUCACGUAUUUGAACUUCUUAGACUGUCAUUACUAGAGCUUGAACGGAAGCCGGAGUCUCAUUUUAAGCUGGUUCAUCAAGGUGAACCACAACUAAUUCCUACUCUUGAAGCUAAGAAACCAUUAAAACUUAAUUUUGUCAUUGCAACUACAAAUUGUUCAAAAAAUGUAGAUCUCGAUAAAAAUCCAUAUCAAUGUUACAUUGAUACUACAAUACCGUCAAGAUCUUGUUCGUCGUUUAUCUGGUUAGAGACCGCCACCAGAAUUAUUAAACACAUUAAUGUUGAUUGUAAUAGUGAAAUACCUCGACAAAAGAGGUCAUCAAAUGCGACAAGUCUUAGCCCAGAUAGUACGGAAAUUAAAGAGUUGGUUGCUGCAGCAUUAGAAAAGCUUGAAAUGACAUCUUUACACAAAUACAAACAAAGAGUUCUUCACAUAAAUAGUUACUCUAGUAAAAUAACAACAGGAAAAGUAACAACUAUAGAUUUUGACGCGGCCUACACAUCGUGUCUAAAAUAUGAAUGGGUUCAGAAUACAACCAGUUGCGAUAUCAUUGAUCAUUUGCCGAGAAGGCAUUGCGUUGCUCAGAUAUGGGAAAGACUUUGGAUACACAAUGGAAGACACAUUAAUGUAACGUGCGAAGACGAUGAAACUCCUUUAGAAGCUCAUAUUGAAUUUGAGAGUGCUGAGAUGGCAAUGCAAUUAGCACAAGAAGCAUUAAAACAUAUAGAAGCAAAAUAUCCACAUCCACAAAAACAAAAAAUUGUAAGAAUAUUUUCAUUGGAGAAACAAAUAGUAGCCGGUAUUCACUACAAAAUGAAAGUAGAAGUUGGUUUUACCCGCUGUCCAGCUUUAAGUAUACAAACCAAUUGUACAUUGGAUAAUGAGCGACAUAUGAAUCGGUUCUGUCGGGUAAAUGUGUGGGUGCGACCAUGGACCGAGCACCCACCCAAUUUCCGAGUAUCCUGCGAUUUUCAAGAAAGUUCUACAUCGGAUUUGUAUCAUGGUGUACAAGCUGAGUAUUUGUUCUACAUUUUUGUAGCUACUUAUAACCCGAGUUAUUCGAAUGAUCAUGUAGAAUUUGAACGUAGAUUUGAAAUAUUCAAAGCAAACAUAAAAAAAAUUCAUGAACUAAAUGUGCACGAGAAGGGCACCGCUACUUACGGUGUGACUCGAUUUGCCGAUUUGACUUACAAAGAGUUUAAGGCUCGAUACACGGGUGUGAACAGGAGUUUGCGAAAUAACAGUCAGGUUUCUAUGAAAAAAGCGGACAUACCGAAUCUUAAUUUGCCCGCAAACUUUGACUGGAGAGAGUUUGACUCCGUCACUGAAGUAAAGGACCAAGGUUCCUGUGGUAGCGGUUGGGCGUUCAGUGUUAUAGGAAAUAUCGAGGGUCAGUGGAGGAUGCAGUCAGGCGAACUGGUGCAGCUAUCAGAGCAACAGCUGUUGGAUUGUGAUACCACAGAUAAUGGCUGUGGUGGUGGAUUGCCUGAGCAUGCAUACAGAGCUGUUGAGGAGAUGGGAGGUUUAGAGACAGAGACCAACUACCCAUACGAAAGCGAAGGUGGCAAGUGCGCGUUCAAUAAAACAAUGGCCAAAGUGAAGAUCCAGGGCUCUGUCAACAUCACCUCUAACGAAACGGCCAUGGCGCAGUGGCUGGUGCAGAACGGACCCAUCUCAGUGGGUAUUAACGCAAUGACGAUGCAGUUCUAUGUGGGUGGCAUUUCUCAUCCCUGGAAGUCGUACUGCAACGCUAGCAGUAUCGAUCACGCUGUACUUAUUGUUGGUUUUGGAGUGAAAGAAUAUCCGGCAUACCACAAGAAGAUCCCGUACUGGAUAGUAAAGAACUCUUGGGGUAAGUCCUGGGGCGAAGAGGGCUACUACCGAGUGUACAGAGGAGACGGCACGUGUGGUAUCGACCGGAUGGCAACCAGUGCUUUUAUACCUAGUAUGUAA